ACUGGAAUUUUUCCCUUCAUUCUGUAGUUUUGGAGUUGAUUUUGUUUCAAGAUUCAGAGACAUUUUGGUGGUAAUUGUUAAUGCUGCAAAAAUAGUGUAGGAGGUACUUAAUUCAGCCUCUUCACUGUGACGCCUUGGGAGGUGGGAGCAAGAGAUAGCUUGUACAGCAAGGAGCUAUGCAAAACUAUCAGUCAGGUUAAUAGCUGAACUAGGGAUUUUUCAGUCAACAAUCUGUUACGAAGGCAUCUUCUGAGCAGCAAUCACCUUUGAACAAAUUUGUAAGUAGAUGAGAUCAGUAUGCAUGAUAAAAAGCCCAGGGACUGUUUAAACUUCUUGUUUGAAGUGCGAUAAGUUAAAAAUGUCUAUUUGUCUGAAUUUCAGGGGAAAGAAAGCAUCUCCAAGGUCCUUUCUUUGCAACAAGCUGGCCAGUUCAUUAUACUGAGCAAAUAAUGGCACGUCUAAUUAUUGUGGGAAUAUUCCAAAAGGGCUAAUGUUGUAUAUGACAGUAAAAGGGUUUUGAUUAACCAGGAAUCAUUUGGGAGAGUAUAAAAGUAACUCUUUCCCCUUAAUUCUUUCCGCCUUCCACAGAUGAACCAAGCUCACAUCAGGCCCCUGCCAAAAUCUGACAGCAUGAAUUGGAGAACAAUAAUUUAUGUUAUUUUAUUGGUGAGCCUUACUGUAGUCAAAGCCCUGCCUAGAAGUUAUCAGGACAUAGAGGAAAAAAACAGCAUUGGCCAACGUUUUUCUCAGCUGCAGGAGAAUAAUUUUAAAGCCAUUGCCAUGAUCAUGUUUGCUCAGUACGUGCAAGGAGGCACGUUUGGCAAAGCAGUUAAAAUGGCUGAAGAUGUCACAGACCUUGCCAAAAGGUGUGCUGCUGCAGCCAGAGACAACCCGGAUUGUCUGAAGCCUUUGGACAGGAUUUUCCUCGAUACAAUAUGCCAGGAUGAAAAUCUUCCCAGGUUUACUGACUGCUGUGCUAAAAUGGAUCCUGAAAGAAAUGACUGCUUCCUCUCCCUUAAAAAUUCAUCGCGAGGGUUCAUUUCUCCUUUUGAAAGGCUAAAUGCUGAAGCUGCCUGCAAAAAUCAUUCACAGCAUCAACAUCCAUUAACAGGAUAUUUUAUCUAUGAGGUUUCCAGAAGGCAUCCUUUCCUCUAUGCCCCAACAAUCCUUUCUGUCGCUAUCCGGUAUGAGGAGAUGAUGAAGAACUGCUGCGGAAGUGCUGAACACCCCACUCGUAACCUGGAGGAAUGCUUUCGGAGACAGGCACCAAAGGUGGUGAAGCCAGUAAAAGAAGAUGGCCUGAGGCAGGAACACACAUGUGGAAUCUUGAAGAAGUUUGGAGAAAGGACCUUAAAGGCUCUGAAACUUGCUCAGAUAAGCCAAAAAUUCCCUAAAGCUGAUUUUGUUACCGUUAACAAACUUGUGAUGGAUAUUGCUAACAUGCACAAGGACUGCUGUCGUGGAGAUAUGCUGGACUGUAUGCAUGAUAGGGAAGAGAUUCUACACUAUGUCUGCACCAACCAAGACACCCUAUCAAGUAAAAUUAAGACGUGCUGUGAAAAGCCUCUGUUACAAAGAAGUGAAUGCAUAGUUAAUGCAGAAAAUGACGACAAACCUGCAGACUUGUCCCCCCACGUCAGGGAGUUUAUAGAAGACAAAGGAAUAUGUGAACGUUUUGCCCAGGAGAAAGACACACACUUAGCCAGGUUUCUGUAUGAAUAUUCCAGGAGACACCCUGAAUUUUCUGCUCAGAUGCUUUUAAGAAUUGGUAAAGGAUAUGAGGACCUACUGAAAGAGUGCUGCAAAACCGGGGCUCCAGACAACUGCCGCAGCAGAGGGGAGGAAGAACUGAAGAAACAUAUUUAUGAAACUGAAAGUGUCAUGAAGACAAGCUGCGACAUUUACAAGGAGAAAGGAGAUUACUAUUUCCAAAACGAGCUUCUCAUGAGCUUCACCAAGAAGAUGCCUCAGCUGACAUCUGCAGAGCUGAUAAAAUUCACCAAGCAAAUGACUACGAUCGGCUCCAAAUGCUGCCAGUUAAGCCAGGACAAGCUACUGCCAUGUGCCGAGGAAAACCUGGAUCUCGUGCUUGGAGAAAUAUGUAGAAGACACCUGACCGAUCCUAUAAACCCUGGAGUUUGCCACUGCUGUAGUAGCUCCUAUGCUCUCAGGAGACCAUGCAUGGGGAAACUAGAAAUUGAUGAGAAUUAUGUGCCCUUAACAUUGACUCCUGGUCUGUUCACUUUCCACGAAGACUUGUGUACGACUGAAGAGGAAAAGUUACAGCACAAGAAGCAGGAAAUGCUCAUCAACCUCAUCAAAUACAAGCCCCAGAUCACACAGGAACAGCUGACCGCCGUCACGGCGGCCUUUACUGCCAUGCGGGAACAGUGCUGCAAAGAAGAAAACCGUGAGACAUGUUUUGUGAAAGAGGUACCGUUUCUGUUUUCACCCAUACGUUCUGAAUCAAAACAGAAACAUGGAGUAUAUACAAGAGUGUAAAUUUCUCCAUUAAGCAGAAAAACCAAAGCCUGGCUAGUCAGAAUUCCUGCAGUUACAUCUCCUAAGACAAACUUUAUUGCCUGCACAAGUAGAUAUGUCUGCCAGUUGAAUGAUCACUACAGAACUUAUCUAAUCAGUCUUGUGUUUAUGUGCAGCAAUUUAUAGACACAGAGCUCAGCUACAUCUGUUGCUUCUGGCGAGUCAGUGGGACUUGCACUGUUUACGGAUAUAGGCAAAGGUCUUUCCCUGGCUAACAGUUCUUAACAACUUCUCUGGAAAUGUUCCUCUGCAAAAGAAAGAGAAAGGAUAUACUCAAAUUUUAGGUCAAAGCAUUUUCCCUGUUUAUUCUCCCUACCUCUGUUUUCCUCUUGUGUUUCCUGUGUUAUUUUAGCUCACGGAACUUCAUGCUGCAGAGCUACUCUGGCUUCUCUUUACUCUCCAGUAAAUCUGCUUUUGUCUACUUAUCUCUCUUUGAUAUAUUCCUUAACUGAACUUCAACAAACCACCCGCGACCCUUGAGCCAUGCUCUCUCUUUUCCUAAGUCUUUGCCUUGCUUUGUUUUGAAUGAUAAAAUACAGAAAAUUAUCUCUUUUCUUAAUCACAAAUUUCUACCUCUGAACACACCCAAACACCGUGUCUGCAAAGAACCAUUCUACUA